CAGUCUCCCUGCUUGACUUACUGUAGAAUUUAUUAAGAAUUUAAAUGAAAGUAUCAGGAAAGAGGUGAUCAUUAAGAAUGGCCGGCGGGGGAGACGGAGAGAGUUUGAAGUAUACGCCGACGUGGGUGCUGGCGUUGGUGUGUACGGUCAUCGUCGCCAUCUCUUUGACUGCGGAAAGGCUCCUUCACUACACCGGCAAGUUCUUGGUGAGUAAAAAGCAAUGGCCCCUUUUCGAGGCGUUGCUCAAGAUUAAGGAAGAGUUGAUGUUGCUUGGAUUCAUAUCACUGCUGCUCACUGUUUUCCAAUCUAGAAUCAGCACAAUAUGCAUAGCACAACAUUUAACAUAUGACUGGCUACCUUGCAAGAAGGAAAAAGAUGAUCAAGAAGGCAAUGGUGGUGGCGGCCACCGACGCCUUCUUGCAGCACCAUCUGAUGCUCAAGGCCAUUGUCAAUUAGAGGGGAAGGCUCCAUUGUUGUCUCCACAGGCAUUGCAUGAUCUCCAUAUAUUCAUAUUUGUGCUAGCUGUGGUGCAUGUUGUAUUCUCUGCUCUAACAAUUCUCUUUGGAAGCUUACAGAUUCGGCAAUGGAAACAUUGGGAAGACGCUAUCCAGAAAAAGGAAGGCGAUCAAGAACAAGGGCAGCAACAGCAAGAAAAAGUAACACACAUCCACCAGCAUGAUUUCAUUAGGGGGAGGUUUCUUGGCAUUGGGAAAGACUUGGCUCUUUUGAGUUGGCUGCACUCCUUUUUCAAGCAAUUUUAUGGAUCUGUGAAUGAACUAGAUUACACCACUCUCCGCCGCGGCUUCAUCAAUAAUCAUUACAGAGAUAAUCCCACGUUCAACUUCUACAAGUACAUGCUCCGUGCCCUCGAAACUGAUUUCAAGAAAGUCGUCGGUAUAAGUUGGUAUUUAUGGAUUCUUGUGGUGCUUUUCUUGCUGCUCAAUGUUCAUGGAUGGCAUGCAUAUUUCUGGAUUGCAUUCUUGCCCUUGAUUCUUCUUCUUGCUGUGGGAGCAAAACUUGAGCACAUAAUCACUCAACUAGCAAGAGAAGUGGCUCAAAGGCAUGUAGCAAUACCUGGGGAGCUUGUGGUGAAGCCUUCUGAUCAUCAUUUCUGGUUCAACAAACCGCGUCUCGUCCUCAUCCUCAUCCACAUUAUUCUCUUCCAGAACUCCUUUGAGAUCGCAGUUUUCUUCUGGGUGUUGGUUUUGUAUGGCUUCGAUUCUUGCAUCAUGGGAGAAUUCGGCUACAUAAUCCCCCGGCUCAUAAUAGGGGUGCUGGUGCAGCUUCUUUGCAGUUAUAGUACCCUGCCACUGUAUGCCAUUGUUGCUCAGAUGGGAAGCUCAUUCAACAAGGCUAUAUUUGAAGAUCACAUACAAGCCAAGAUCACAGGCUGGGCAAACAAGGCAAAGAUAAACAGGAAAAAUGUAGACGGCGGUAAUAAAAAAACUCCCUCUCCGCCACCACCAGCCUUGGAGUCGACCAUAGAUCAAAGCACAGAAAUUGAAAUCCAAACUAUAAGUGUUCCAUCAAAUGGUCAGAACUGAGCAUUCCUUCACAAGGAAGGAUUUUAGAAUAUGGAGCUCUAAAAAGAAUGUGGUGAGGAAAAUUUUGUUUACAACAUCCACGGGCAAUGCAUAAGCUGGAUCUAUAGCUUUGAGUUCGGGAUAUUCAAGAAGCGAAAGACCUGAAUUCACCAAAAAACAAAUGGCCAAGUGUUGC